AACAGUCGCGCGACGGCCGGCCGGAGCGUAUAUAACACCGGUGCCGCCGAUCCUGUGCGCCCGUGGUCCGCUUCGUCUCGUCCUCUCGUCACGUAAUCCGCGCGUCUCAGCUGACUGUCAGCCAACUGCACCGUCGACGACCAUCGCAGACGAUUCCGUCAACCGGCAGACGCCGCCGGACGAUCCGACUCGUGCGCCGCCCACCGCGUAUAACAUUCGCACCGAUCGGGCUUUACGUGCGCACACAGAGCAUCGUUAUAUCAUUAUCGUUUUAUAACCACUGCAGGCGAACGAUAUAAUUUAUUACAUUUUAUAACGAUAAUAUUAUCGUCGUAACUACUCCGUGUACUUCGCUGUAAACCAGCCGCAAGAUGCUCCCGAUCGUCGCCGCCGCCCUGUUGAUUGCCGCCGUCCAGGUCGUUCAAGUCGCCGGCGCCUACACACCAUGGGAUCAUUUGUUCGACUACCGGGAUGAACAGGUGCCGGACGAACGGCCGACCAGAUAUUGCGCGGCGUGUGAUAAACCGUGUGGGACCCAACCGGAACGGAGAUCGGCUUUUGCGAAGAUCGUCAACGGCAAAGAUACACGGGAAAACGAAUUCGGCUGGGCAGCUACGUUGUCGCGACGAGGUCAGUUCUAUUGCGGCGGCACACUCAUCACCAAGAAGCACGUGCUUACCGCUGCCCAUUGCGUCGAGAAUUUCAGCCCCAAAGAUCUAACCGUGACCAUCGGUGAACACGACCGGAAAGUUGAAACCGGCCGCAAGUCCGUUCACCACGUGACCCAAAUCCACCGGCACCAAGACUUCCGACUAAGCACUUUCGACAACGACAUCGCAAUCAUAGAACUUCGUGAACCCGUGCCCAUCAACAGCCCAUGGGUGCGCGUCGCGUGCUUACCCAAGUCCGCCGACACGUCCUACGAAGGUAUCAAAGGCACCGUGAUCGGAUGGGGCAGAUUGGGCGAACGUAAAAAGUCAUCAAACAUCCUGCAGAAAGUCGACGUACCAAUCAUAUCGAAUGCAGACUGCAAGGAUAUGGGAUAUUCGCCUGAGAAGAUCACCAGUAACAUGAUAUGCGCUGGAUACAAGGAAGGUCAACAGGACGCCUGUCAGGGUGACAGCGGUGGACCGAUGCACAGACACAUAGAUUCUUCUGAUACUAUGGAAGUCAUCGGUAUCGUGUCUUGGGGCAAAGGAUGUGCCAGGGAAAACUAUCCAGGAGUGUACACCAGAGUGGCCAACUACCUGGACUGGAUUAUGGAUCACACAGGAGACGAAUGCAUUUGUGGAGCCGAAAGUUCCUGAACACGUUUUUUCCUUACCUCAUCUUCACAACUUUCAUUUGAAUAUACCACACUUAAAAUUAUCAUUAUUAUUCUCAUGUGCAUAAUUAAGUAUAAAUCUAAACGUAUAUAUUUAUAUAAUGUUACUACAUAGUUUAUAAUUGUAUUAACCACCGAAUAAGAUUACCUACAUUUUAAUAUUAUAUUGUUAUUUAUAUAUACGAUGUAAAUUACGUAAAGUCUAGUCAACACACGCAUGUAUAAUUAUUGAAUUUUAAAUAGCAUUAAUUAAUACGAUUUUAA